CGGAAGUCAGAGUAAAGAUGUAAUAUAAAAGAGCGCUCACGGAAUAGGACGAACAGUCUAUAGAAAAGUAUUUAGGAAAAUGAAACAAUAUUUUAUUGCAAGUUUUAUCCUCUGUGCGCUUAUCUAUCAGAUAAGGUGUGACUCGAAUUUGAUCACACGAAAACAAUUUCGGGAAGUAAGGAAGCAAUGUGUCGAUGAAGUAGGAUUGGGUCGAGUAAUACAGAAUAAUUCUACGCGAAUAAAUAAUUCUGCAGAGGUUGUUCACACAAGAAAAUGCGUUCGGGCAUGCGUUGCGAAGAAAUUUGGCUUGAUCAACAGUGAAGGAAAACUCGACAAAGAAAAAUUUCUAGAGAAAUUGAUUCCUAAAAAGGAUAUGCUGUUUUACGAGAAAGUUUCUGAAGCUAUAACUACCUGUACUGAUCAAUCCGAAGGGAAUGAUAUUUGUGAAACUCACUACCUCGUAAUGAAAUGCAUGAAAGGAUUCCGUCCAUUUCCUCGAAUGAGAAUGAACGAUAUCUAAAUAUCACGAUGAUUUUACAACAAAAAUUUCGAUUUCUGAAGAAACUGACCUAAGUAUUUCAAUGUAAGUGAUAAAAAGAAGAACAGUACAAUUUUAAUGAAAUUCAAGCGAAACUAAUAACUCAAAAUAGUGGUGGAUUUUUCUGUAUACUCUCAACUCUUCCAAUAGUUAAAAUUUAUUAUUUUAUUUCAUAAUAAAAAAAGCACUAAUCAUAAAA